ACGUGACGGAGGCGCGCCAUGCGGGCCAAUGAUGAGGCAGGGGCGGUGAGCGGGAAGGGGGGCGGUGAGCGGGAAGAGGCCCCCCGCGUCCACCGCGGCCCUGGGGACCUGGAAGGGAGCAGCGGGCCGGGGCCGGGUUGGAGGCCCGCUCCGGGCCAGCAGCCAGACUCAGCCCGUUGCAGGUCAGGCCCGGCCUCGGUUCUUGGGGCAGCAUGAAGUGUCUGGUCACGGGCGGCAACGUGAAAGUGUUCGGCAAGGCCAUCCACUCCCUGUCCCGUAUCGGGGACGAGCUCUACCUGGAGCCCCUGGAAGACGGGCUUUCUCUCCGGACGGUGAACUCCUCCCGCUCUGCCUAUGCCUGCUUCCUCUUUGCUCCACUCUUCUUCCAGCAGUACCAGGCGGCCACUCCUGGUCAGGAACCCCUGCGCUGUAAGAUCUUGCUGAAGUCGUUCCUGUCCGUCUUCCGCUCUCUGGUGAUGGUGGAGAAGACUGUAGAGAAAUGCUGCAUUUCUCUGAACGGAAAGAGUAGUUACCUGGUGGUCCAGCUGCACUGCAGAUAUGGGGUGAGGAAGACUCACAACCUGUCCUUCCAGGACUGUGAAUCCCUGCAGGCUGUCUACGACCCAGCCCUGUGCCCCCAUGUGCUCCGGGCCCCAGCAAGGGUUCUGGGGGAGGCUGUUCUGCCCUUCCCUCCUGCGCUGGCCGAAGUCACCCUGGGCAUUGGCCAUGGUCGCAGGGUCAUCCUGCGCAGCUACCAGGAGGAGGAGGCAGACAGUGCCAUCAAAGCCAUGGUGACUGAGAUGAGCAUUGGGGAGGAGGAUUUCCAGCAGUUGCAGGCUCAGGAAGGGGUAGCCAUCACUUUCUGCCUUAAAGAAUUCCGGGGGCUCCUGAGCUUUGCAGAGUCAGCAAACUUGCCUCUUAACAUUCACUUCGAUGCACCGGGCAGGCCAGCCAUCUUUGCUAUCAGGGACUCUCUGCUGGAUGGCCACUUUGUCCUGGCCACACUCUCAGAGCCCGACCCACCCUGCCAGGAGCUGCAUGCCCCAGGAUUCCGCCAGCCGCCGCCUCUGCUGCAGGCACUCAGCACACCCCACCUGGAUGACUUUGUCCAUGACGACAUUGACUCUUACAUGAUUGCCAUGGAAACCACUGCGGGCAGUGAGGGCUCACGGGCACCGCCCUGCAUCGCCCUCUUGCCGAGUCCCCAGCCUAAGUGUAGCCCCAGCCCCUGCUCUGAGGACGAGGAUGAGGAUGAAGCUGAGCCCAGCACAGUGCCUGGGACUCCUCCACCCAAGAAGUUCCGCUCACUGUUCUUCGGCUCCAUCCUGGCUGCUGCACACUCCCCCCAGGGCCCCAGUCCUGUGCUGGCUGAGGACAGCGAAGGAGAAGGCUGAACUGAGAAACCCUAGUUUGUGUCCAGAGGCCCUCAAACAGAUGAGUUCAUAGCCUCCCUGCCCCCCAGGCUGGACCUCUGCCCUGGUGUGUGGUGAAGGUGGGCUGUGCUGAGCUGAGCUGGUCCCCACCCUGAAUUGGCAAUGGUCCUGUCAUCCCCGCACAGCCUCCAACUAAUCAUGUCUGCUGCCACCAGACAAGAGGUCCACACGGGGCCUCAGACCAAACUCCAACCAUGUCCCUAGGGCUGGCCACCUGACUCUCCUAAGCCCACCGCCCUAAGGAAAAAAAUCACUGUCGGGCUGCUGGCCCCUGUUGAUUCACUGUCUUUACCAAUCAAUCAUGAUCUGUGCAUCCCUCAAAUUCUGGGCACACAUUUUUCUUAAUGUUCUUUGGUCCUUGGAAUUAUAAGAGCCCUGCAGACCUGCAUAUGUAGCUGGGGUUGCCCUGGCUGGACUCUGUGCCCAGCAAGCCUGCCCUCCCAAAAGUGGCUCUGGGCAGAAGGGCUGCCAAGCCAGGACAAGGGAGACAGAGGCUGUGGUGAGAAUCCAGCUUUGACCUUUAUUUAAGAGACCAGGUGGGUUGCCCCAGGAUCCUGCUGCCAGCCAUGAGGCCAAGCAAGGCUGAAGACUCCCAGCCUGGCCCUGCUUGCCCUGAACUGCAGCCUCAGCCCCAGGGUCCUGCUUGCAGCCACUACAGGCGCAGGCAGACGGAGCCCUGGGGGACUGGACACUGCUUAUUGAUUCAUUAAAAAAAAAAAAAAAUA